UAUCUAUAAUGUGCUUCCGAUAAAUAGGGAAUUAAGGUGAACACAUUAUUAUUAACACUAUAACUUUAUUUUUGAAAUAAUAUAUGUAUUAUACAAUAAUGUGCUACUUAUUUCUAUUUCUCUUAUUUAAUGCCGCAUUAGUUAUUUGCAAAUGUUCACCUACAAAUUGUGAAAUAACUAACUUUGAUCAAGUAAGUGAUACCGUCCACCGAUGUAGCGAUAUAAUUAUUAGGAAUCUUGAUGUGCCUGCAGGACAGACUCUAGAACUCGAUUUAAAACAAGGAGCGAGUCUCACUUUUGAAGGAAUUACUACUUUUGAUUAUACGAAUUGGUCUGGACCACUUAUUAGGAUAAAUGGAAGUGGAUUUACGAUUAAAGGAGCUCCAGGAUCACUAUUAAAUGGCCAAGGGGAUCUAUAUUGGGAUCAUCUGGGAGACAAAGGUCCUAAAAAACCACAAUUUAUUAAAAUUGAAGCUUUCGAUGGAUCCAUAAUAGAGAAUAUUAAUUUGCUCAAUUGUCCUCAUCAUUGUGUAUAUGUAGGAAAAUCUGACGGGCUUACUAUUCGUGGAUGGGUAAUUGAUAAUUCCUAUGGAGACCAAAAUAAUUUUACCGGACAUAAUACAGAUGGUUUCGACGUAUCAGCCGCUUCAAAUCUCAUUAUAGAAGAUAGCACAGUAAUUAACCAGGAUGACUGUAUUGCUAUCCGUCACGGAUAUAAUAUCCUUGUAAGAAAUAUGUACUGUGCUGGUGGCCAUGGUCUUAGUCUAUCUGCAGGUUUCAGUUACACUACGUUCCAAGAAAAUACUAUUACCAACGUUGUUAUAAAAGAUUCUGUUAUUGCUAGAUCUGCAAAUGGCAUUCACGUGAAAACUCAUGCCGACGCAUAUAAUGGGAGGAUUCAAAACGUAACGUAUGAAAAUAUCUUUAUGUCAGGUUUAAUAAAUUAUGGGAUAAAUGUUCAGCAAGAUUAUGUCAAUGGAAGUGCCACCGGAGUUGCCAAUAAUAAUAUUCCUAUCUAUAACUUAAAUUUGAUCAAUAUUAGAGGUACCGUUAGAGAUUCUGAUUCGGAAAAAUCGAUGCCAGUUUAUAUAAAUUGUGGCAAAAGCGCAUGCCAUGAGUGGAGCUGGUCUAAUAUAAACAUUGCAGGAGGUUCCAACUCAAGUAUCUGUAACUACACUCCAGAUGGAUAUCAAUGUUGAGGAAUAUAACAAACGAUUUUUAGAGUUCUAAUAAUUGUGUAAAUUAAAUAAUAAAAUACUUUCUAAUAGUACUAAAA